AUGAUCCAGAACAAGAGCGACGGUGUCACCGAAAGCUAUGAAGCGAGGCCUGUGGAAGAAGAGAGAGAAGCCCGCCUCAUAGUGCGGAAAUUCGACGUACGGCUGCUAACCCUGUUCACAGUGAUAAACCUGUUCAGCUUCAUCGACCGAGUCAAUAUCGGGAAUGCCCGCUUGCUGGGUUUGCAGGAGGACCUGGACUUGUCCGGCCUCCGCUUCAAUAUCGCGCUGACAUGCCUGCUUGUCUCAUACUGCGUUGUCGAACUACCAUCCAACAUCCUCUGCAAGCUUAUCGGUGGCCAUAUAUACGUGCCGAUACUAGUCUUCUGCUUCGGCACCGUUACCCUGCUUACCUCGCUGGUGACCGAUAGAGGGGGGUUGUAUGCCUGUAGGUUUAUCCUGGGCGUAUUUGAGGGAGGGAUAUCCCCAGGAAUCGUCUUUCUUCUGUCAUUAUUUUAUCGCCGCCAUGAACUCGGAUUCCGAACAAGCAUCUACAUCUCCGCGUCCUCUGCGAGCGGCGCAUUUGGCGGCCUGCUUGCCAUCGGUCUAGCCAAAAUACCUGCCUGGGGACUGAUCCACACGUGGAAAAACAUCUUUUUCUUUGAGGGGCUGGUAUCUGUUAUCCUCGGGGUCAUCGCAUUCUGCACCAUCCCAAGUGGCCCCGGAAGCGCGAGGUUCUUGACCCAGCCGCAAAGAAAGCUGGCUGUAGAUAGGAUCCAGAUCGAUGCAGCUGGGACGAGUGAGCAUUCACGCACUAGACUGCGACAUGUUAUUCAAGGCCUAACGAAUCCGCCUAUCGUGGCCUGCGCAGUGGGGUUCUUUUUUGGGAAUACAUGCGCACAGUCGUUCUCCCUCUUUUCGCCAUCUAUCAUCCAGGCAAUGGGAUACACAGGCGAGCUCGCGCAGCUUCUUUCCGUUGGACCAUAUGUCGCAGCCUGCAUUGUCUCCAUAAUAGUCGGCUAUAUCUCAGACCGCUACCACACCCGCGGCUGGCUCAUCCUCCUCACAGCCCCAAUCGGCAUCACGGGGUUAGGCAUGCUCCUCUUCCUCCCGGCAUCCAACCCCGGCGCAAAAUACGGCGCUCUAUACCUCGCCGCUCCGGGAAUCUACGCCUUCCUCCCGUUGUGGAUUACCUGGGCUGUGAACAACGCGGCUACGCCAACUGUCAAGGCUGUUGCGGCGGGACUGGUCUUUGCUGUUGGUUCGUUGGGCGGCAUUCUUGCGCCGUGGGUGUAUUUGGCCAAGGACGCGCCGGAGUAUCGGCAGGGUCAUGCGAUUCUCUUUGCGUUUUUGUUUGGGUCAUGGGGGAUUUGUGCGGUUUUGAUAGGGUAUAUUAAAAGGGAGAAUAGGGCGAGGGAGAUGGGGAGGAGGGAUUGGGUUCUUGAUGGGCUAUCGGAGGAGGAGAAAGUGGAGUUGAGUAGUCGGCAUCCGGGGUUUAGGUAUGCAGUUUAG